GACCUUUUCAGAGAUUAUGCUCACUCAAUGGAUGGACUAGAUGUCAUUAGAGAGUAUUUCGGCGCCGCCCUCUUAUCUCGGUGCCGCCCUCUUAUCUCGGUGCCCUCAGGUUAGUCUAAUGAAUUUUAUCAUGGCGUGCCCGUGGCAGGGGGCUAUUGCUCUCUGCCGAACCUUUAUGUUUCUUUUUACAGCAUCUGAAGCCCACCUGUAACAACUUAAAAAAGUGAUUGGAGACAUUGUUUGUAAUGUUACCUGGCUGAGCGCAUUUUUUCUGAGACGUUUGGUACAUUUUUUUAACUAGAGGGAUUGUCAGAGAAAAGCUCUUGCCAUGUCUCUACUUUGUGUAAGAGUAAAGAAAGCCAAGCUACAUGGAUCACGGGACAAGUUCAAUUCAUAUGUGACUCUGAAGGUACAGAAUGUCAAGAGCACCACCAUCACCGUGCGAGGGGACCAGCCAUGCUGGGAGCAGGACUUCAUGUUUGAGAUCAACCGUCUGGACCUGGGGCUCAUCGUGGAGGUGUGGAACAAAGGCCUUAUCUGGGACACCAUGCUGGGGACUGCCUGGAUCCCCCUCAAGAGCAUCCGCCAGUCAGAGGAGGAGGGCUCAGGGGAGUGGACCUUCCUGGACGCUGAGGUUCUGAUGAAGGCUGAUGAGAUUUACGGCACCAAGAACCCAACUCCCCACCGGGUUCUGCUAGACACGCGCUUUGAGCUGCCUUUCGACAUCCCAGACGAUGAGGCACAGUACUGGACCGGCAAGCUGGAUCGCAUCAACACUAUGAGGAUCCAUGAUGAGUACCCUCUGCAGGAUGAGGUCCAAAGACGCCCCAUGCCGCUUGCUGCCUCCCAAUGUUGCAACUAUUUCGGAUGGGCUGACACACUGACGCUGGAUGACCAUGACAGUGCGGUGGACGACCGGGACAGUGACUACCGUAGUGAGACCAGCAACAGCUUGCCCCCGCGCUACCACACCACGACCCAGCCCAACUCCUCCAUGCACCAGUACCCCAUGGGCCCCCGGCUCCAGAACCACCUGGACUCCUGCACCGACUCCAUCCACAGCUUUGACAUGGACUACAGAGACCACCGUGGUAGCAGGGCCCUCCACCUGUUGCAGUGUAUCCUGUAUUUGGGUCGGCACCAGAUAUUACAUCAGAGAAGCCUGUGGAGGAGCCAUCUUUAGGCAUCCGGUGGAAAGUAGUCGCUUUGGGUCCUCUGGAAACCUGAGCCAGACCAGCUCCCAGCUUAGUGAGACAGGCCAGGAGAGUGCUCCAGGCUCAGGGCUGGAAGAGUCCUUCCACUCUUACCACAGUACCACCUUC